AUGGCGUCAUAUACUACCUGGAUAUGCGUCACCGCGUCCCUCGCGUGCGUCGUCCUCGGCCUCCCCGCCUCGGAUGAUACCGAGUACUUGAUUAGGAAACCCGCCACCAACGAGGUCCAAGAUCAUUCUGGUCCCUUACUUGAAACGCAUUUAUUUACUGUUAAGUCGAAGGAAGGCAAACGUCAACCAGGAAACAGACGGCUAAAUAUGGCCAUGGUGAGUAUGGCUGCAAAUAAUUUAGCGGCGAGGAAACCACAUGCUGCAUUGAACAACAACAAGGACCCUGUAAACCCAUAUGACCCCGGGCAACCCGCUAAAGGUUUCACAUUGCGGACACUAGGCGGCGCUCUAACAUACCCGUCCGAGUCUCUGAAGAACGGGACGCCGAUCGCGUUUCAGGUGUUCGACAAUCGAUCCGCUUUCGUCGAGUGCAUGUGGACGUCAGAAAGUUCAUUAAAAUCGCUGAUCGAAAAUUCGCCGAAUAAUACUCAUUAUAUUUUCAUGUCGUCAUCGGAUCGUCCGAGGGAGGACGCAGAUUGGCUGAAAGGGCAAAUCGAUAAGACAAUGGUAGAUAUGAUGUUGCAACUCCAAAUAAGUAAAAGACAGGUCACGAGUUUGCAGGGAAGGCUACAUUACGUAACUUCCGCCAUAUACAACCUUGGCAAUUGGAUCCCAGCCGUACUGAAUUAUUACGCAUGCGUAGGUCAUGGAUGUGGAUACGAUCAGAUAGUUUUCCAAGCAUCAGGCGACGACACACCGUACAUCAUGAAGCGACUUGACGCUCACUACGACUGGUUGCCGUCUCCAGUGUCGGCAUUUGGUGAUAAGUCCACAGAAAUUACGAAUGCUGGGAAUGGUUGCCAAGGCAACAUUGACGUAAAAGGAAAAAUCGCACUUCUUUCCAGGAAUGGGGAAUGUAGUUUCUUCACUCGAGUUUCUAAUAUGCAGAAAGACGGGGCGUUGGGAGUGAUCAUUUUUGCUAAUGCUGGUGGAAAUAUUGAAGACAUGACUUGCCAGGACGAAGAGUGUGACACGCAGCUGGAGAUUCCGGCCACUAUGAUGCCGUACAACGGGGAUUUACUUAACAGACUGUCCCAAUCGAAAAUGAAUGCCACUUUUCAGCAUACUCCGUCCGAUAACUUUUAUUUCGGGAUUGAUGGGCAGGGGAAGCUGUAUGAAAUGGGUUGGUUGUUGUACCCGUCAUUCCACUUUCUUACCUGGCAAGCUCAGUGGUUAAAUUUCAAGUCUGAAUUGUUCCAGAAUUUGUCGAAGGAAGCGUUGGUCGUGACAGCGUUCAAUCACACUAUCAUGAAAGGGGAUCCCGGUGUGGUAGUCACUACGAAAUUACCACCCAUGGAAGAGAUGAUGAAAUACUCCAAGGUGGAACUGGAUACGUCAUUGUCAUGUCCUGGGACACGUGACGAAACUUGCCCUGAAUGGGACCACACAGUGCAGUUGUACGUGUGCUGUGAUAGGGAGUCACCUCUAUGUGGUAUGGAAUUAGGACGAUGGAUAACACCAUUCAGAAGACGUAUUGGUCGUUGGUUGACUGACAUCACUCCAUUAAUGCCACUGUUCACAAGUAACAUCUGCAAUUUGACGAUGAAAACUGUGCCCUGGGCAAUGCCAUGGAAACCAGCUCUGAAAAUCCGAUUCUCUGGCUACAAGGGAACGCAACUUGGGUGUGCUGACAACGUUCCAACUGGAGUCGAACCAAACGAGCAUGGCACAUGGCUGUACGGACGAGAUGGAUGGUGCGAUGGCAGAGAGGUCGACCCAUGGGUCAUUGAUAUAACAAACCAAGUAACCAAGCAGACAACGAAUAACGUAACCUACUAUGGCUGGUACAAGGGAACGGAUCCGGAUCCAAAGUUGCCACCAGGAUACAUUAUAAUGUAUUCAUAUUUGGUCUUCUACAAAAAUAUCUAA